CUUAUUGAAGAUACCACGGCUCACCUGAUUCUUUCGGCAAUGUCCAACCAAGGUCAAGAACACGAGGAAGAAGGCGCCACUGCAAGCCAACCCUUGGAGAAUACAGGAGAGGCUGAACGGAGUGAACGCACGGAGCACCAACGAGCCAAGGGUGGUGGCCGCAACCGAGGAAAAGGCCAAAGUCGAGCUGCUGGAGGUCAUGGUGGCGGUGGAUGGGGAAAUUGGAAAUCGCAAGGCGGCAGCAAAUCACAUCGGCCAAUAUUGAUCCUCGGAGACCCUCCGCAGGCGAGACUCAAAGAGGCCAGCCAUUUGAAGAGUCCAGUGGAGCAUUGCGUCCUUUGCCAUGAGGAAAGGCCAAGCUACGUGGGCAUUGGCAGGUGUAGGCACGCUGAAGUGUGUUGGAUUUGUACCUUGAGACUACGGUUCCUGAACCAGGACACGCGCUGCCCGCUGUGCAACGAAGAACUGAUGGAGGUUCUUCUUACAAGUGACAGAUCGGCCUCUGUCGAGCCCAUGGACUUUAUUGGGCUCAAUCACGAAGACCCGUGGAUUUACUUUGCAGAUGACAUUAUUCGCAGAGCUGUUUUGCAGCUGUUAGGAUAUCGAUGUCAAAUCGAGGGCUGUGCCAAGAAAGAUGUGGCGUUUCGAACGCUCACGAAGUUGGAGAACCACCUUUGGGAAGCACAUUGGCGGCAGCUCUGCAAAGUUUGUUUGCAAGACAGGUCUGCAUUUAUUUGCGAACAACGUGUAUAUGCCCAUGACGACAUGAAUCGGCACAAUUGGGAAGGUGACACUAGCAACAUGAUGGUGCAGCAACAAGCUAUGCCUACAGUGCCGCCUCACCCCCGAUGUGAGUUUUGCAACCAAAGGUUUUUCAACGAGGAGACCUUGCUCGCACAUGUGUACAGGAGGCAUGUUCUAUGCCAAUUGUGCGACUCUUUGGGGUUGAAGAACGAGUUUUAUUUGAAUUUGAAGUGUUUGUCACGGCACUACCAAGAGAAGCAUUACGUUUGUGCCCACAAGGACUGUGCGCAAGGCGGUUAUCGCCAAACAGCUUUCGCCCACGAAGAGGCCUUGAUCGAGCACUACGAAAUGGUCCACAAACAAAGCUUCAAGGAUGAAAAGGGAAAGAGGCAGGUGGUGGGCCUCUUUGACGAGGAACCCAGCCGAAGGCGCAAAGGUUCAGGACGAGGCUCUGCUUCUGGUGACGAUGAUCCUGUACAGUUUAGAUGGCCGUCAACUGCAGAGCCGCAAGACUACACAACGGAGGCGGACAACGAGGACCAGGGUGACUACAAUCGAUAUCCAAACCGGGACAUUGUGCCCCUGACGCGGGUUGACAAAGGAGGAAGUUGGCGCCCGACAGGUAAAGCUGAGGAGGGUCACCCUGAGGAUGCUCAAGCUGAGGAGAGAAAGGAAGAACAAGAAGAGGAAGAAGAACAAGGCGAUGCAGCAAAAGCACAACGCGAUCCAACUUCAGCCGAGGAAGCCCUGCAUCCAGCACUGGAAAGACUAAGUUUUGACUGUGCUAUGGCGAAAGAAGGUCCUCGCAGUGGAGCUCCCAGUUGCUUGAGCGCUUUGCACUCUGCAUUGCGAGCCCUGGUCACAGAAAGCGAAGCUGAAGCAGAGGGCUGGGAUGUCAAGUUGCUACCAGCAAUCCGCAAGCUGAAUCGAGCAGAGGUUGAGAAUCUUGAGUGUAUGCGGAUUUACCUGCAUGAUCCUGAAUCCCAGGACCAAGAACACAGCGAAGACAGCAUUGACUGGGAGCCAUUGGAACGGCUCUUAGGCUUGAGACCAAUGCUGUACUUGCUUCAAGCAACAAAGGCAAAGCAACCGUCAAAUUCAAGAUCGAGGCAAGCCAUUGGUCCGAGGCAAGGCCAGGCGGAGGAUGAGGAAGAAAUCACAGGCUGGCGAAAGUGGAAGAUGAGAGCCCAGGCCGUCAUACUUUCUUUGGCUCCGAAAGCUCAGCAGCGGUUGCUCCGUUUCGUUGAGCUUUGUGUACAGCGACGAACUGCCUUGGAACAGAUUGACGAAGGAGUUCCUGACUGGGAAGAUGAGAACAUUGGGCAGGUCUUUCCAUCCCUCAGCGACAGUGCAUCGGGCAAUGCAGUUGCUUCAGCUCAGCCUGAGAUGGGUUCAUUGGCACGGCAUGCCAGAGGUUGGGCAGAUAUAGCAUCUGGACAUGGCCGGGAGGCCAAUGCGACCACUGCCGAGCAGUUCCCUGCUCUUGGUGGAGGCUCGGCAGUCUCCGCCAGACCAAGUUGGGGUCCUCCACGAGGUCCUGCUUUGCCCUCAGGCGAACCUCGAAAUGUAAAUGGACAUGCAGGUCCUCGAGAAGCUCCAAAGAAUGAAGUGGUCCAAAAGGAGGCAUUUCCUAGCCUGGGCGGAGGUGGAAUAGUGAAUGAGAACGUCAAGUGGGGUGCCCCCGCUUCGACAAUGAACGGGCAACCUGAUUCGAAAGAAGGCUCAUCAUCUCCAAAACGAGAAAUGACCCUCGAAGAGUGGGCAAAGCCCAAAGCUGCAGCUCGUCAACCGCAGGAGUUCAAUGCAGAAAGCUCUGAAUCUUUCCCAACACUCGGAGGUGGCGGCUCACGAGCACCAGCUGUCCCGACUUGGGGAGCACGAAAUGUCACUGUAAGCCAUUCGACACAGGCGGCAAAGGCUGCUGCUGCGAAGGAGGCCAAAGUGGUUGCUGCAGCCAAAGAGGCUGCUGAGGCAAUUGCAGAGGCCAAAGCUGCAAGAUCUUCCAAAGAUGAGAAGGAUCAGAAAGAGAAGGCACAAGUUGUCGAGGUACAAGUUGUUUGUGCCCCAGUGAUGAAAUUGGGGUGGGUCUAUAUAAAUAACUACGCACUCGCAUGCGCUCGCGGUUGCUAGGCCAAAGACGUGAACAAUUUUCCAGAGGCCCUUGGCCGCAGCCACUUCCACUUGUCAAGUGUGGACUCAAGAGGCCUCCAGGUUGAGAGAAGCUUGAAGCCUUGGUCGCAGUUUGAAGGGAAGAUAGGGAAUAAGAUUGAAUAAGAAUAUGAAUAUGUUCAAGACACAGUUUGUAAUAUUAAGAUUUUCCGCCCUGAUCUGAAUUUGUGCUUCAGCCUUGCUCAAUCAUCACAAGAUAAACGCGUGUUGAGCCGAAACUUGAGGUGGAACAUGUGGGAACAUUGGGACCAUGUGUGGCCCACCAAAUCAACAUUCGGAUGUAUGCAUCAUAUGGUGCUCUCAUAUUGUUUCAUUGGACUUUGUCUAAUAAUUUAACACUGUGCUAUGCCUGGUUCCCCAAUUGAUUGUCAACUUGGCAGCUCCCAAGCAGCAAGAGCUCGACUUCAAAGGCCCUGCCAGAGCUUUUGAUUU